AUGAGGAAUUUCCAUUCAGUUUUUGUGCUACUGACAAUAUUGUUUGUCAGCGGAUUUGCAGCAGAAUCUGAAGAAGAAUUGAAUUAUGAAAUGGAUGAAGGAGUUGUUGUAUUAACUGACAAGAAUUUCGAUGAUUUUUUGAAGAAAAAUCCGAGUGUUUUGGUGAAAUUCUAUGCUCCAUGGUGUGGACAUUGUAAAACAUUGGCACCAGAAUAUGAAAAAGCAUCGGGAAAAGUAUCGAUUCCAUUGGCAAAAGUUGAUGCGACUGUUGAAACUGAAUUAGGAAAACGAUUCGAGAUUAGCGGAUUCCCGACAUUGAAAUUCUGGAAAGAUGGAGAAGGACCGGUGGAUUAUGAUGGAGGAAGAGAUGAAAUUGGUAAGCAGAUAGGGAAAAUUAGAAUAAUCCAUAAAUUUUGAAGAUGUUUUUUGGAAAAUGUCUUACCAUGUGAAAAUUUAGGAUAACAAAUGAAUUUUUCCACAGUUGUGGGUUAAAAAUUCGGGAUUUCUUUCAAUUUUGAGUUUUGACGCGAGAAAUUCCUAGAAAAAGUUUUGAAUUACAGGUAUUGCCACGUAAAAAUUACAUGAAAAUGUUUCUUAAAAGCCACGUCGAAUUUUAUGUCAAAAAUUGGAAAUUCCAAAAUUAAUCCCCAAUUCAUUUUUUUUUCCAGGAAUCGUAACUUGGGUUGAAUCACGUGUCGAUCCAAAUUACAAACCACCACCAGAGGAAGUUGUCACUUUAACAACUGAAAAUUUCGAUGAUUUUAUUGGAAAUAAUGAGCUUGUUUUAGUUGAAUUCUAUGCUCCAUGGUGUGGACAUUGUAAGAAAUUAGCACCAGAAUAUGAAAAAGCUGCACAAGAAUUAGCUGCAAAAGGAUCAAAAAUUAAAUUAGGAAAAGUUGAUGCAACAAUCGAAAAAGAUCUUGGAACAAAAUAUGGAGUUAGCGGAUAUCCAACUUUGAAAGUUAUUCGAAAUGGAAAACGAUUUGAAUAUAAUGGACCAAGAACAUCUUAUGGUAUUGUAAAAUAUAUGACUGAACAAGAACAACCAGCAGCAAAGAAAUUAGGAAAAUUGAAAGAAAUUGAAAGAUUUAUGUCGAAAGAUGAUGUAACUAUUGUUGGUUUCUUUGCAACACAAGAUUCAACAGCAUUUGAAGCAUUUUCUGAAGCUGCUGAAUUAUUGAGAGAAGAAUUCAAGACAAUGGGAUAUACUUCUGAUCCAAAUGCUUUCAAGAAAUAUGAUGCUAAACCAAAUGAUAUUAUCAUUUUCUAUCCAACACUUUUCCAUAGUAAAUUCGAACCAAAAUCAAGAACAUUCAAUAAAGCAUCGGCAACUUCUGAAGAUCUUUUGGCAUUUUUGCGUGAACAUUCGGCACCUUUGGUUGGAAAAAUGACAAAGAAAAAUGCGGCGACAAGAUAUUCAAAACAUCCAUUGGUUGUUGUUUAUUAUAAUGCUGAUUUUUCAAUUCAAUAUAGAGAAGGAAGUGAAUAUUGGAGACAAAAAGUUUUGAACAUUGCACAAAGAGUAUGUUUCAAUUUUUUUUUCUAGUUUUUCGGGGAAAAACGAAACUUUUAGCUCAAUAUUUUGAGAAAAUCUGAAAAAAAAUAUUGUGGCAAAUUUUACCGUAUUUUAUUUUCAAAAAUCUUGAAUUUACUGAAUUUUUCGAUUGAAAACAUUUUUGAAAAAAAAUCAAUUUUUUGGAAUUUUUUCGAAAACGGUUCAUAGUCAACAAACCCCAAAAAAAAUGUUAAUUUUAAUUUAAAGACACAAGAAACACUGGAAAAAACAGAUUUCCCGCGUUUAUUUUCAAACGAUAAAACCAGCAUGUGCGCUCUAGCGACACACUGUGUGCACACACUUUCGAAAUUUCCGUCGGCUGAGCGCAUUCAAAAACAAUUAUUUUAUUUUUUCACUUUUGCUAGACUCAACAUUUUUUCUCGAUUUUCAUGAAUUUCGAUUACUUGAAAGGUGUUAUGAAUGAAUAACAAACUCAUUUUCUGCUCAUUUCUAGGUGCUCUUGUGUCUUUAAAAAUCAAAAGAAAAAAUGUAUUCUAAAUUGCUACGUUAUAGGUCACGUCAAAAUGAAAAGAAACAUUUUUGAAUUUAAAUAAAACACGCAAUUGUUUCUACAACAUUUUCACUAUAAAUUCAAAAAUUCGUAUUUUUUCAGUAUCAAAAAGACAAAUAUCGAUUUGCUGUAGCUGACGAAGAAGAAUUUGCCGCUGAACUCGCAGCUGUUGGUCUCGGUGAUUCAGCUCUCGAACAUAAUGUAAUUGUAUUCGGAUAUGAUGGCAAAAAAUAUCCAAUGAAUCCAGAAGAAUUCGAUGGAGAUCUUGAUGAAAAUCUCGAAGAAUUUAUGAAAAGAAUUAGUAGCGGAAAAGCGAAACCACAUGUCAAAUCAGCAAAAGCACCGAAAAACGAAAAAAGCGCAUUGAAAACUGUGGUUGGCGAUAAUUUCAACAAAAUUGUAAAUGAUGAAUCGAAAGAUGUUUUGAUUGAAUUUUAUGCUCCAUGGUGUGGACAUUGCAAGAAAUUCGAACCAAUUUAUAAAGAUAUGGCUGAAAAAUUAUUGGCUGAAAAAGAGACGAAUUUGGUGUUGGCGAAAAUGGAUGCAACUGCAAAUGAUGCACCAACUGAAUUUGCUGUCGAAGGAUUUCCAACCAUUUAUUUUGCACCAAGUGGCAAAAAAUCUGAGCCGAUUAAAUAUAAUGGAAAUCGUGAUCCAGCUGAUCUUCGCAAAUUUAUGCAAAAACAUGCUGUCAAAUCGUUCCAAAACAAGAAAAAAAUCUGA